AUGUCUGGUGGUUAUCCAGUUUUAGAACUCUCGGCAGAGGACCUGCGCCUAAUGCUUGCAGCUCACGUUCAUGUGGGGGAGACUAGUAUGAAUUUCCAAAUGUCAACAUACGUCCAUGGAUGUACUAAAGAUAAUUAUCACAUUAUUAAGUUGGAUAAAACAUGGGAGAAAAUCCUUCUAUCAGCCCGUGCUAUUGCAGCAAUUGAUCAUCCGACUGAUGUUUACGCAGUCGGGUCCAGGCCAUUUACUCAGCGUGCUGUAUUAAAAUUUGCGAACUACACAGGAACAACAGCAAUGGCAGGCCGCUUCACACCUGGUACUUUCACCAACCAGAAACAAUCAACACAUUCUAUUGCCGUUGUGUGGUGGCUUCUCGCUCGUGAAGUUCGGCGCAUCCGCGGUGAAGAUACAAGGUUGCAUCAAUGGAGUGUAUUACCUGACCUGUUUCUCUAUCGCGAUCCUAACGAAGAAGAGCAAAAUACUGAGGAAGUUGAUGAUACUAGAUUGGAACCCGCUUUGCCAGGGGCUGAUAUCGAAGCUGCAGAAACGUGGGGAGUUGAGCCAACAAUGCCUGUCGGAUCAUUAGGCGAUAUGGGGAUAGCCGCUGCUAGUUACGGUCCUGUUGGUGGGACAGCAGGUGGUUGGAGUAAUUUAGAUGCCGAUCCAACAGAAACAUGGUAG